AUGGUGCUAGACAAAGACACGAGAAAUGCUGGACAAAUAGCUAUAAAUAAGAUCGCAGCUUGUCCUAUAGAGGAAAUAGCUGCUGGUUGUGAUGCUUGUUUAGAAUAUUGGAUUAUUCAGUCCCGCUAUGAUGGACACUGGAUACGGUAUAGUCUUGGCGAGAAUUGCUUCCAUUUUGUGGCUGCGCAGGCGCAUCAGGCCGCUCAUCAGGCCACAAGCGCUCAUUGUAUAGAUAGGAGUAACGGAAGAAGUGACAGUUAUCGCGCUAAUGCAUUUCCGUAUCUAUGA